UUUUGCAUAUUUUGAAAAAAAGGAAGACCUAUAAACCUACUAUAGCCACCUAGCCAUUGUGUCAAUAACAUACUUAAAAAUCAUGGAUAAUAGAAAAUAAUUAGAAGUCGAAAAACGUUUUCUCUUUUUGUAUGGCAAAUCACGUGGUAUACCUCCCUCUUAAACUAAGUCGCUUACUGAUAUAAAUUCAGAAAUCUGAACUGUAGGAAACUGUAAUUGAAAACCAACUUAAAAGUAAACGUAGUUUUAAAGUAAAUUGAAUACGCAAAUAAUUAUGAAUAUGGGUUAAGUACCUACUGACAAAAAUACCGCGUAACUCGCACUAAAAGAUAAAUUUAGAUCAUCCGUUUUGGAAGUAGGUGAAAAAAUAUAAUAUAUAUAAUACCAUAGGUCCAUAGAUAUAUUAAUAUUUAAUAAUAUACACACCUUUAGAAAAAUCAAUUCGCUCUACAGAGGGGAAAAUGUAUAAGGAAAAUUCAUGCAAUAGAAACAUGGGAAAAGAUCACCACAUAAGGGGUGUACCGGAAAAACUGUAAACUUCAAGUGAAAUAAAAACUGAUGAUAAUAAACUAUAUUUUUUAGAAUAGCUAAUAAAAAGCUUUUAAUGAUUAUUACACUUUUUUUUUAAUGCACGAAACAUCGAGGUAAUAUUAAGUAUUUUUUUUCUAGCAUGCAGGAUAUUGCCAAUUUGCUCGCGAUUUGGAAAAUACCAAUUUUUGUGAUCUUUUCUUUUCACCGGUGUAACGUCGCAUAGCGUAAAACCCCAAAUUAUUCAUAUUAGAAUAUAUAAUAUAAUAAGGCUUUUUACUGCGGUAAGAAAGCAGUAGUAAUCUCGCCUUAAACAAAAUUACAGCCGCUUAUUUUGUUUUCGGUACAAGCCCUAAACUACUAUUGCAAUUAUUUAUUUCUCAAUGUAAUUCGAUACCCAAGCUGUCAUUUCCUGCACAUCUUAGUUGAGUCAGCAAUGUUUUUAAAUAUGUAUAUUAUCGUUUGUGUCAGACAAAGGAUAUGACAUAUGCCACUAUCUGAUAUGUUUCACAACCGUAACAGUAACCUCGUCGGUUCAAGCGAAUAUAUUAUUAAUAAUUCGCAACAAUUAAAAAUAUUAAUUUAUCGACAAUUAAUAUAAAAUAAGCUAAAUGCAUUACCUAUUGUGUUCUUAUUGUCCAGACUUAUAUUGUAAUCGUCGCUGCUUUGAGAACACAAACAUAAGUAAUGGUUAUAAAAUGAAAGUUUAACCAUAAAAUGCCAAUCAAUUAAGUAACCAGCUUUGCUGCUAAGUUUUAAUACCACCUUAUGUUCUCAAUGAGAUAUAUAACUAUGAAUGACUGAAACUUGGAAAACCGCUAAAUAUAUCACAUAUAUUCAUAUGAUUCAAUUUAUACAAGUAUUAUGGCUUUUGGACUGCUCUAUCAGUCCUCGGUGUUUUGUGUAAAACCUGACUCCUGACACACAAAAUCUAAAGUUUUGACAUAUUAGUUUACAGACUUGCCAAUUCCAAAUUCCUAGGUUAGCGAGUGUUGGGUGUUGGUUUUUGUGUUUAAAUCCAUGUUUCCGCGAAUACUUCGUUUACAAAAUAAAACAGGUGAGGUGCUUCGAAACCACAACAAACAAACGUGAUCGAUGAACCUGCACCCAUUCAACCUAACAUUAUUAGCUAACCUUGUUUAUUUAGUAAAAGACGCCAUCAGAUAUUUCGUAGCGGCUAGGGUGCUCACAAACAUCUGAACUCGGCAUUAUAGUCCAUGUUCACAUAUUUGAGAGCAACUCACCCGCUCCAAUAUUUCUGAUGGCGACUGUACCUACUUAAAUAACGUAAACGGGCCGAGAAAUAAUAUAAUUAACAAGGGCAUACCUGAUGAAAUUAACUAGUUAAUGUUAAGGUCACUGCGAGAAAACGUGACGUUAGCAGAUGGCGAGCAAAGUGAACGACCUUACGAUCUUAAACCAAGUGCGGUGUAUCUGAGUUAUUUAUUGUAAAAAUUCUAGUAGCUAACCACUAACAUCUGACAGAUGGUUAAGUUUAAUACUGGUCUCAUUAAUAUAUGAGCCACAAAUAUUAUAUUUGAUUCGAGCUUUGAUUGGAUAACCGGCUGUACUAUUCUUUCGGAAAUCUACAUGGGGAAGAUUCUAGAGUUCGUUAGACCACUGACCACCAUCAGACCCGCCCCGGGUACCUAAACAUUGCAUUAUCACGACUAAAAAUAAAAAUAGCGCGACCGAAAAUAAUCUACCUGUUGGUAAAGUAUUGGGCAGAGGACAAAGUGAACGAACGACCUUCUAAAUCUCGGACGAAGCUGCAAGAAAUAAGAUUUAAUUUGUUUUAAAACCGCCAAUAGCCACCGCAUUUGUCAAAUGAUACCAUUAUCAAAUUAAAAAAUGCUAUUUUAAGUUUGACAAAUAUUUGUAAAUAAAAUUGCCAAACGACCUUCCGGAUCAUGUACGAAGCUGUGUUUCCUUUGUUAUUUAUUUAUAUUUGUAAAAUUGCCAAAAGCCCUUGCAUUCUUCAGGUGAGCGCGUUAUCAGAUAAAAAUAAAAACAAAGCAAGGACGCCACAGAAAAUAAUCCACUAGUAAAAACCAUUCGGCAAAAGUGAGCAGUCUCAGGCCGGCGCCACAUCGAUCGGCUGAUUCACAGCGCGCAGUAAGAGCCUUAUUCGACGAUAUUUCGACAGUCGACAACGUCAAAUAUGUUUACACUUUUGCACUCUAUUCCAUUGUAAUAAGGCGAAAGAUGUGUAGAUAUCUUUAACGUCGAUCAGACAUGUCCUGUUUCGCUACUGCGCGAAUUUCCUGUGAUUCAUUUGAAUGUGGAGGUGCCAAUUUCAGCCGGCUGUAGCGCCGGCCACAUGCGUGGCAGGAGCGCCAGUGUGCAGUCGGUGUAUAACAAAUGUGUUUUUUUUAAGAUAACAUAUGAGAACAACAAGUGUCUGGAUGCGGUGUGAUUUAUUUUUAUCAUGGAGCUGACACUAUUUGUGAUAACGUUUCUAUGGUCUUUAAGAAUGUCUUCUGGGAUCCGCUGCUACAGCUGCGAGGUAGAGCACACCACAGCGUACAACAAGGCAUCCAAGACAUUUCAAGCCACACAGACGUGCGACCACUUCAACGGCAGCGACGUCAAUGCCAUAGAUUGCCCGGAGUCGACCAUGUGCGUCAAGCGGGUGACUACGCAAGACAUCGGGCCAGAUCUUUCAUCCAGAAGCGUCAGACGCGGCUGCGCGCCUCAAACCACAGAGGGCAUGCAAGAAAAGGUCGGCAGGCACUGGAGGCCAGUCAACAAAAUCUACGAAGUGUAUGAAGAGGGUUGUAUUGACGACCCCAGUAACGAGCACAAGCUCACUAAAACAGUGCUGUGUUACUGCAGGGGAGACCUGUGUAACAGUAGCCGGAAGAUAUCUAUAUUACCCGCUACCUUACUGAUAACAUUAGGAACAAUGAUCCUAUUUAGUCCAAGUACUUAAAAUUGUGUUUAUCAUUUUAUUUAUUUUCUAAUUAGAGCACAAUAUUUAGGUUAGAAUUAGAUGGAUACAGUAGAUAGUGGAGCAACUCAAUUUGCUUAGGGAACAACAUAGUUACUUACAAUUUAGUUGAAUAGCCUUACUUACCACGAGCUUCACAUUGGCAUAUUCGCUAGUAAGAUACGCAGACGUUAUCGAAUAUGUCAGUAUCAAAGUUGUGGACACAUGAACGAGGAGGUGCGUUUCCAUGUUACUAUUUUAUUCCCUAGCCCAUUCCGGUUCUGGUGUCCCACUGCUGGGCAAAAGUCUCGCCUUGAUCUCCAUUCUCCACGUCUACCAAGUUACUAACUACUACCUACGUUAUCAAUACUAACUCAAAAUGUCAAAAAUCUAGAUAAAUUGUAGUGUAUGAUUAUAAUUAUAAACUAUUUUCAGGAGACAGGAGUAUUGAUAAAAUAAAAAAAACAUAUUAAAAGCAUUUAAUAUUGUAAAACUGUAUUAAAUACGGGUAAGGAUAAGGUGCCAGUAGUUUUAAUGUCGUAAAUAAAAAUAUAGUCGUUCAAAGAACUAUUAUAUACAUUAAUGUGCUUUUAAACUUUUUAUAAUAUAAUAAAUAAUAGAAUAUAGGAAGAUUACGCACACGGAUCUAAAAAUACAAGGUCCCGACUUUAAAAGUUAAAUACCGAGGCGUAAACGAGCUCUAUAUGGCAAAGCACUAAACUAAUUAAAUGUCAUGCUAUUCUUACCUCGGUUGUAAGUGUGUUGAAUAUUAUUUUUGUUUAGCCGUAUGCCUUAUUUUUUAAUUAUGUUAGCAAGUGUAGCAUGUAAAAGUAGGAAAAAAGCAACGAGUGGCUAUAAAUUACUCUCUCUUCCUUUCAUCUCCUUUCGGUCGCGUUUUAGAUCGAGUCGAGUUGUAAAUUACUUAUUCGCACGUGCAUUGUACAAUGUUUUACAGCACAUAUGGCCAUUUUCGACAUAGGUACUUAAAAGUGCUAAUUGUCGCACUAGUGCGGAAAAGUAGCCCCAUGUGCACAAAUAGUUAUUUUACGAUACAAGUGCGAAGAAUAGGAAAUUCGUAACGAGUGGCGAUAAAUUAAAACAUAACCGACGGGAGUGUUUGAAUCAAACUGGUCUAUCUUGACAGACAUUCAGACGUACUCUCAGAGUAAACAACAAUUGAGGCGGAUAUACAUGUAUCGUACAACGUUUUACAGUACAUAUGACGCUUUAAAUUUUCGACAUAGUUGCAUAAUGUGCUAAUUUACGCACUAUUGCGGAAUAGUAGCGCCUAUGUGCAUAUGUACUAUAAUAGUACAUUACGAUACAAGUGCGAAAAAUAGGAAAUUCAAAACGAGUGGCGCUAGAUUAAAACACGACCAAAGGGAGUGUUUUAAAUCGACACGAGUUGCGAAUUACCUAUUCGCACAUGUAUCGUACAACGUUUUACAGUACAUAUGGCCCUUUAAACGUUUGACACAGUAACGUAAUAUGCUAAUUAACGCACUAGUGCAGUAAAGUAGCACCAUAUGUACUGUAAAUACAUAUGAAUGACAAACAAAAAAUGUUAACGAUAAGUUUUAUACUGCCAUAAUUAGCAGGAAUGAGUAUGAAAAGUUAUUAUCUGAUUCAGGCGUAUUUAUGUAAAAAUAUAAUCGAGAAGGUAUUGGUAAAGUAAAUACAAUUAUACUUAAGUCGUAAACAGUGUAAGAUUUAUGCGAUAACGCGGUAAAUGUUUGAUACUACUGAUACUAGUGUAAUUAUUUUAAACCCUUGGUGUUCAGAGUAGAAGUAUUAUUGUACACUAUGCAUGAAUAUAAUGGGCUUUAAGUCCUUGACUUCCUGCAAAUCUAGAUAAUUACUUAAAAUUAUGUAAAUAGGGUUGUAGGGUUUGGGUACUUGCGUGACUCGCAUGAUAAUUUAUCAUGCGAGUGUAACAUAUCUACGCCUUUGUAUUAGCUAUAGUCAUUGUCAAGAGUCAUGAAGUGAAACACUAAUAAUAAAAUUAAGCUCUAGGUAUAAUUAUUUGUUAUUUUAGGUACUGCCUGUAUAUGAGGAUUGGUCAUGUGACAUUCCUACUAUCGCAUUUAAUACUAACUGAUAAUUUUUAAAAAUAUACCAAAGGCUAGUGUUGUAAUAUGAAUAACAUUAAAAGCAUAAACAAAAGUGUUUAUUUUUCAUUUUGUAGGAUAUAAAAAUAUAUUAAGUACAUGAUUCAUUGAUUAUGACGACUUACCUGAACUAAAGGACUUGUUUGUUGUGAGCAAGAAUCAUCGUUUAAGAGGCCACGGCAUCUAAGAGGACACAGAUUACUCGCGUUCACAAGCAGUCCUAGGAUGCACUUUCUAUCAAACCGCGUCGUGCGCGAGUGGAAUAAAUUACCAGUAGCAGUGAUAAAUGCACCCUUAGUGGAUAGUUUCAAAAACAGAC